CAAUGCGUGAGAUGUACAUUGUUUUUAUGGUCCAAAAUUAGUCUCCCAUGAUUUGUCUAUAAUGCGUUUUCUUGGCCCUCAAAUUUCUCAUUAUUGUCAUUUACCACCCAGCAGUUCAGGCGAAUUUUCCGCCAUGACGGAGAGCAGUUCUUCCUCCAUAGCCCCUUUGCUUUUGAGAAACAUAUUAACAUCUGCUUUUAUCUUCGCUGAUAAACCCUUCUUCCUCUUAGCAGAAAAAUACAAACUUCUCGAAUUUAUACGUUGGUUCCUUAUUCAAUCUUUUCUCUUCUUUCUUAAACUUUUUCCAUCUGGAGAAUAUGACAACAGCUACCCUUUGAAGCCUCAAAAGGGGGAGAUUUAUUCUCCGGCAGCCGUGGGAGGCGGCGGUGGAGAGUCGGGGAUAUCGAGAGCGUUGACGCAAGUGUUGUCAAUUGUGAAUGAUAUUCCGGUGAGUUCAAGGAAAUAUGAGGUCGUGAGAUCACUGGCCGAGAGGCUAAUUGAUGAGAAUCUGUUGGAGGGUAACGAAGCAUUAAGGGAAGUGAAUUGCGCCGCCUUGUCGGCGGCUUUUACGAGGACACUUGGUCAGCUUGAAUCCGCCGUGGCGGCGGAAGAAGGCGGAAUUGCGUCCGGUGGGGAUGGUGGCGAUUACAUCGGUAAGUUGGGCCGCGGAUUGAGGGCGAUUAGGUAUUAUGGUGACGUUGUGUGGCAGCGGCGUAGGGCGAGGAACCAGCUGAGACAAUUCGGAUGCUCGGCUGAGAAGUUGGCGGCGGAGUUGCUGUGGUUGGCUCAGAAGAUGGCAGCUUGUGGUUGUGUUGAUGAAGCUGUUUAUAUGUGGGCUUCGGCUUCACAGUUGGCUUGGCUUUCUCUUUCUGCUGAGGCGCGGCUUCAGGGGUCUCUUGUUAAACUUUCAGCUUUCUUAUUCAAGAAAGCCAGAGAAAUAGGAAAAGAUGCAGAGGAUGAAGAAAGUACGAAAGAACAUCUAAGGCGGACAAACAUGAACAUGUUGAUGUCAUGGCUGCCAUUGCUAUGCCGAGCAAGCAAUGGCACAGACACUCCAGUCUUGAGCAUUAGCGAAAGGGCUGAGCUUGAAAGAGUAUUGGAGCAGAUCAUUGGAACAUUGGAACAAGAAGAGGAGCAAGAAAAGGUCUUGUCCCUCUGGCUUCACCAUUUUACCUAUUGCCCUUCUUCUGACUGGCCAAACCUCCAUGAUUGCUACACCCGCUGGUGCACAGCUUCUCGUAAGCUCUUGCUUCACUGAAUUUUCUAAAAAGAACUUUCAACUUGAAAAUGGAGUCCCAUCUUUCUGCCAAGGAAGGGGUCUCUAGGGUGGCGCAAAAUGUGAAGUGGAGGAAAAGAUUAUAUUGCUGUGUUUAUUCCUCUAUCUGGUCCUUUGGUUUCUGCGUUGUACCUAUCGCUCUUAGCAGAAAAAUGCCUAUGAAGGCCCAAAGUAACAUUUGUAUCAGUUAGCUAUGUUUUGUGAUUAUUUUAGUUUUUCUAGUGGUUUAAUUUACAAGUCGAAAGCACACUUACAUGCAUAUGCACGUUUGGCUGUGUUUAUAUAGUGCUUGAAUUCACAGCAAAUUGAGCAGAGUAGUUUACUUUUAAUUUCAGGCCUCAUUUUCUUUCA